AUGCCCCCUUAUGAUCAUGAUGUUGCCUUGCGCUCAGUGAAGGUUGAAGAGGCACUUGCAGAAAAUGCUGAAGAGUUGGAGAAGGCAAAGGCCACUGCUAUUGAUGAUGAUGAGGUUACCACUACAUGCUCAGAAAAAGAGGAGAAAGCAGCUGAAAAGGAAUCUGCUGCGGAGGCUAAGGAAGUAUUUGAAACUUCUUCCGCAUCUGAUGAGGCCACUGCUGCGAAAGAGACUGAAAAGACUGUUGAAACACAAGCGUCAACAGAAGGUGAUGAACCAGCUCAACAGAGUACAACGGCUGAAAAUUCCGAAGAGGCUGAGGACUCCACUGACACGGUCAAAAAGGCUGAAGAGGCUCCUGAGGCCGCUGCUGAGCCCAUGGAUUCUAACGAUGCAGAUCCUUCUGCUACAGAAUCAGCGGAAACGGAGGGAACUGAUGCUGAUAAGGAGGACACUGAAGAAGAGCCUAGCAAUUUCCAAACGGCAUGGGAAGUUCUUGAGGAAAAGCUUGAGCUUGAGAAAGAGUUGGUUGAUCUCAAAGGACUUGUACCAGAUAUUCAGCUCAAGGUUCAAGAUGCCGAUGAAAGUGCUGCAACGUUGAAACGGGCCGCGGAAGAACUGAAGACUGCCUUUGCUGCUACCUUGCCUCAGCUGAGUACUGUCAAUGAAAAUGUUCCAGUUAAUGAUAUCUCGAACAUG